GCUAGCUCAGUUGUGUCAAUCAGAUGAUUGUCCAAACAAGGACACUUACACGGGCGUCAGUUUACAUCCACAAAAUACUAAUGUACAGCUGAGAAAAUGAAGAAAAACAAGGGAAAGGUGAACACCACCACUGAGAAGGAGUUUGUGUUUCAGUUCAGGGCAGGGAGGAAUGUCUGUGUCCUCAAAGUACCUCUGCAAUUCCCUGUCCAAGAAAAUGUCAGUGAUCUUCAUGGACGACUUAUGCUGCUGCACAAAAUACCUUGCUUCGUUGAGAAUGAACUGAAGAGCACACUGUCCACCUUUAUUGAGAGUGAAACCAUCCAGGACUAUGACAGAGAAGCAGAGUUGGCCCUACGGAAGCUGACAACAGGAGAGGUGGACAUCAACCAGCUUACAAACACAUGGGCAAAGGCCUACUCGGAGACCACGCUGGAACAUGCUCGUCCUGAGGAUCCCUGCUGGGAUGAGGACUUUGCAGAUGUUUACCACGAGCUCAUCCACUCCCCGGCCUCUGACACCCUGCUCAACCUGGAACACAACUACUUUGUCAGUGUCUCGGAGCUCAUCAGUGAGAGAGACAUGGAGCUGAAGAAGUUACAAGAGAGACAGGCAGCAGAGAUGGACAAAGUCAUGCAGGAGCUGGGAAAGACAUUGACUGACCAGGAUGUAAAUGCAUUUGCCUCUCAACACUUCGAUGCCCAGCAGGUGCUGGAGAACAAGUGGGCCAAUGAACUGAAACAGGUGACUCAUAUUCAGAAGCAGGAGUAUCAGGAGUGGGUGAUCAAACUGCACCAGGACAUGCAGAACCCCAAUAACAGCACUAUUAAUGAGGAGAUCAAGGUGCAGCCCAGUCAGCUGACAGUGGAGUCUGAGCCUGGGGCCAGGCUGUAUGAGGAGCAGCGACAGCUGGAGGAGAGCUUCACUAUCCACUUAGGUGCACAGCUGAAGACCAUGCACAACCUGCGGCUGGUGCGGGCAGACGUGCUGGACUUCUGUAAACACCGUCGGCAUGGCAGCAGCGGGACCAAGCUGCGGCGGCUGCAGACUGCUCUGUCGCUCUACUCCUCGUCCCUGUGUGGCCUGGUGCUUCUGGUGGACAACCGGGUCAACUCCUAUAGCGGCAUCAAGAGAGACUUUGCCACAGUAUCUAAGGAGUGUACAGACUUCCACUUCCCUCGGCUGGAGGAGCAGCUGGAGGUGGUCCAGCAGGUGGUGCUUUACGCCCGGACUCAGAGGAGCAGCAAGCACAAAGUUCAGCCGGAGGUUCCUAAGAAUGGAACUAAUAGUGAAGAUAAAAACAAAAAUUUGGAAAGGAAUCCCUCCAAUAUCUUACCAGGUGAAUUCUACAUCUCCCGCCACUCCAACCUGUCUGAGGUCCACAUAGUGUUCCACCUGUGUGUGGAUGACAACGUGCGCUCAGGCAACAUCACGGCACGGGACCCUGCCAUCAUGGGCCUCCGCAACAUCCUCAAGGUCUGCUGCACUCACGACGUCACCACCAUCACCAUCCCUCUGCUACUGGUCCACGACAUGUCAGAGGAGAUGACCAUCCCGUGGUGCCUGAAGCGGGCCGAGCUGGUCUUCAAAUGUGUCAAAGGUUUCAUGAUGGAGAUGGCAUCGUGGGAUGGAGGGAURUCACGGACUGUCCAGUUUCUAGUUCCACAGAGUAUAUCAGAGGAGAUGUUCUACCAGUUGAGCAACAUGCUGCCUCAGAUCUUCCGCGUCUCCUCCACCCUCACGCUCACCUCCAAACGCUGACGGAGACACAUGACCAAUCACAUUGGCUUGGCAACUGUCAACACUGAGUUCCAGCAAACAUAUUUAAAUAGUUGCAUUUCACAGGGGUUAGUGUGAUGGAUGACUUUAGAGCUUCCUGUCACAAGUGAUUAUCAACCCCUGUGUAAUUAGCAUCUUGAGGCAAGGCGACAUCAUCUCGGGGCAAGGCGACAUCAUCUUGCCAAAAAGAUAGAUUGUGUCGUUGUCCGAGACGAGCAUUAUGCAGUGUUUGUGCAUUGCAGUGAAUUAUAGUGAAGGCUCUGUCAUUAUUCCUCUCCACUCCAGUAACAGCAGAGGGCACUGUUCUCAGAGACGAAGCCCCCAACUCUCUGAUAGAUGUUUAAUCUACUUUGUGCCUAAACAUGGACUUUAUUAUAUUUUGUUAUGAAACUGACAGUUGGCAUUAAAGUUGCACCCUAUUGAGCAUACACAAGUUCAGCACUUAAACUUUUCGAUGUGGCAUUCCAAUGAACUCAUUCCAAUUUACUCCGUGUUUACACCUAUAUCGGCGGUAAAUGUUUUUAGUAGAAAUGUAUGUAAGGAGUGUUGAAACGGUUUCAAGGAGAAUGACAGGCUGUGUAUAUAGUCACAAACUUACAUUACAGAUCUAAUGUGAAUCUCA